ACCCUCUAGUGAAGGAGACAACUGUUUUAGUAAUUAGUUAUGAAAUUUGUUCGGAUCUACGUUAACUAUACAUUGUAGCUAAAAUAUGACUCGCCAAUCAACAUAACUCUACUGGUCCCAUUUAGGUGUGACUUAAGCUCAUCGAGGAAUGGGCGGGUGAGCACGAGAUGACGAAGACAUCAGUGGGUCAGUGUGUCGUGGGAGGCGAGUCGUGACGUUGCGGUGGCGCGUGUGUGCUGUGAGACAGAAGAUUACAAGCAACACGUGUAUAAAAGUAAAUCAAAUAUUCCUCCGCGGCGAUGGUGGCUGUGGAUGCACUUCUGGUGGUGGUGGUGUUGGGGGUGGCUGGGGUCUGUGAAGCGAGUGAUGAUGGUGAUGAGAUGACGACUUCUGAUGUGGCCAGUGUUGUCCUGGAGCAGAUUCAGUCACACUUGGCCUCAGCAUCCUACAGCCUGCAGGGGCGGAUGUACGGCAGCUGCACAGACUCGUUCAGCAUCUUUGGAUUCCUAGCGUUUUUGUUGGCGCUGCUGGAUCUCGUGAUGGAGCUUCAAAACAUGAACGAGACAGGGAGACGACGCAGAGAGGCGACGGACGAAGCUGAGAAUGAAGUCACUGAUUUGACCUGUCAAGAUCUGGAGAUGCAGGAAGCGGCCUCAGCCAGUUACAGUCUCCUGCGCGGGUUCCUCAACGCCUUGGCAGCGCAGGACCAGGAAUGCGCCAAUAAGUUUGUGUGUGAAGGUGCCGAAGAGGCCGCUGCCGCCGGGCCUCUCGGGGAAGUGGUGUCCAGAGUAGCAAGAAUGCUGCCUCGUGGCUGCUUAAGGUCAACUCAACACUGUUUGCCGACGCGGAAGAAGCAGGACAAGCUGGGGCACGGAAGGAAGGAUGCGCCCUUCGGUUCUCUCAAUGCCUCGCGGUGCCGCUCGCCUACCGCUAUCCAGGUGUGUCCCGCGAUGAGACGCUGCCUGCCCUCGCCUACCAGUCAGUCCUGGAGGAGAUAAUGGACGUGGCGAGUCUCACGCUCCUCUGAGCAGCGGGCGUCACCAUUCAAAUGACUGCAUGGUGUGAGUGGCGUCAUCACGACUGCCCUCAGUAUGACUGACGAGUCCCUUACUACCAUAAGCUACAGGAAAUGUUAGAACACUUCUCGUCGAGGCUGCCUAUGUACAGUGAAGGUUAUCGCAAACCUCAUUGCAUUCAUUCCCAUCCAUAAUGUACCCCUCCUCAUUCACAGAAAUUCCAUCACAGUAACAUCCCAUUAUAAAUUGUUUUCUCCCCACCAUCUCUACAUGUCCUUUGCUCCUCAUAUUUCGCCACGCACAGCGCAAUCAUGUUAGUUAUUUGGUUAUGAAAAAUCAAAUAAACACAUAUGGCA